AUGGCGCCGAUCGCAGGCGGGCGAAUCACCGCGGGCGCGGGCGUGAACUUGCUCGGGCAGCACGGCGCGGAUAGGAACGCCGAGGCGACGGUGUACGUCGGGAAUCUCGACCCGCAAGUCACGGAGGAGGUGCUGUGGGAGCUGUUCCUGCAGGCGGGACCGGUGACGAACGUGUACGUGCCGAAGGAUAGGGUGACGAGCACGCACCAGGGGUACGGGUUCGUGGAGUUCAGAAACGAGGAAGACGCGGAAUACGGUAUUAAAAUUUUGAACAUGGUGAAACUGUUCGGGAAACCGAUCAAGGUGAACAAGUCGGUGGGCGACAGACGCGACGAAGUCGGCGCCAACUUGUUCAUCGGUAACCUCGAUCCAGACAUCGACGAAAAGCUGUUGUACGACACCUUCAGCGCGUUCGGGGUGGUGAUUAACACUCCUAAAAUCAUGCGCGACCCGGAUAACGGGGCGAGCAAGGGAUUCGGAUUCGUGGCGUACGAUUCGUUUGAGGCCUCGGACGCCGCCAUCGAGGCGAUGAACGGACAGUUCUUGUGCAACAAGCAAAUCAACGUUCAGUACGCGUACAAGAAGGAUAGCAAAGGCGAGCGUCAUGGGUCACAAGCCGAGCGUUUGCUCGCGCAAUCGAUCGAACGACCGACGAUGGUUCGCCCGCACACGUUGUUCAGCGCCGGCCCCUCGAGCACGCCCGCGGCGAUGGGCGGCAUGAUGGGUUUGCCGCCGCCUCCGCCCGGAAUGGUCGGCAUGCCGCCGCCGCCGCCGGGAAUGAUGGGUGGAAUACCACCACCACCCAUGAUGGGCGGUUUCGCCCCCGUCGGUGGGUUCGCGAUGCCGCCGCCCGGCGUCGCGCCGCCGCCCGGGACGAUGAACGCGCCGCCGCCGCCCGGGAUGAUGAACGUGCCACCGCCGCCCGGGAUGAUGAACGUCCCGCCGCCGCCGCCGCAAUAA